AUGGCUAUCACUUUGUUUCUCGAUGAGGGCCUCUCCACGGCCCACCCGGAGUUUGUGCCCGUCUGGGCGGCAUUUCCAGAACCAACCGACCCCUUUCCUCCUCUUGAGGCCCGUCGCGCCUUCUGGGACGAUAUCAUCAUCCCUAACCUGAACAAAUUCCUCGAGCCAAGCCUGCCGUCAGAGGAUCGCUGCCGGCUAGAGGAUCAUUACAUCCCUGUAGAAGGUACUGACAUGCAUGUUCGGACCUAUGUGCCUACCUCCGACCCGGACAAGACGAAGACGUAUCCUCUGCUGUAUUGGGUCCACUGCGGGGGCUGGGCUAUUGGCAACUACGAAAUGGACGACUACGACUUAAGGAUUAUCUGUGACAAGCUGCAAGUUUGUGCUGUCUCCAUAGACUACAGGCUUACACCAGAAUAUUCAUCUCCUACGGGCGCGAAGGAUGUAUAUGCCGGUCUGAAAUGGGCGGCUGCCAAUGCCGCUUCGUUCAAUGCCGAUCCCAAGAAAGGGUUCGUUAUCGCUGGUCAAUCCGCUGGCGGCAACCUGGCCAUCAUUGCCACCCACUGGGCUCGCGAUGAUCCCUUCCUGGUGAAUACGCCUUUGACCGGACAGCUUGUUCAGUACCCUCCAACCUGUCAUCCGGAGGCUAUGCCUGAAGAGUACAAAUCGUGCAUCAGGUCGAUGGAGGAGUGCAAAGAUGCUCCACUUCUGAGCAAGAAGGAGGUGUAUUGGUUUAACAAACUUGCGAACCCUGCGGAUCCAUACGAUCCAUCUUUCAGUCCCCUCCUCUUCCCAUCGCAUGCCAAUCUUCCGCCGUUGUUCUUUAUGUCUUGUGGGUGGGAUCCUCUCCGUGACGAGGGCUUGCUUUAUCAUGCGUUGGUGAAGGAGGCGGGUGUAGAGACUAAGAUGACGAUGUACCCUGGUGUGCCGCAUGCAUUCCACAUGCUAUUCCGGUCCAUGAAAUUGUCGCAGAGGUUCCAGGAAGAGACCAUCGAAGGAAUGAGUUGGCUCUUCAGCAAGACACCUCAGUAG